UUGUGAACGUGGGGUUCCUUUCUUCCUUCCCCCACAAGAUUGCUGCUAGUCGUCGGAGCCUCUUCUCUUCUCUCCGCUCCGGCCAGCCAGCCACCUCACCCUUCCUAAUUUGCGCCGCCCGCUCGCCGGCCUAUACUAAGCGCUAGAGCCCAGCAACCACGCGGAAUCCCCAGCCCUUGACUCGGGCAAACAAACCCUUGGAGCCCAGCAAGCAGUUGAGCAGCGGACUCCUCCAGUUCGAAAUCCUAUCUAGGGUUUCGCCCCCGCGCGGCGCCGGCCGGCCAUGGACCCUCCCGACGCCGCCGGGAGGGCGGGCUUCGAGCGCGCCUGCCGCCUGCCCAACACCGUCCACUCCGAGAUCGCCGCCGCGCUGCCGCUCCCCACCCUCCCGCCCACGCUCGGCGUCCUCGGCGGUGACGACCGCGACGAGCCGCUCGCCGAGCCCGACCGCCCCGACAUGAUCAUGCACGCCGCCGACAUCGCGCGCGCGCUCGCCAACACCGACAUCUCCUACCUGGGAUUCACGGAGGCGGACCACGUCGAGGCGGAUCCCAGCGAGUGCUCCUUGCUCUGGAGGGAGGUGCUCAAGCACAACCCGGACGCCUUCAACAUCAAGCCCCGCGCACCACCUCCUCCUGCUCCUGCUUCGCAAGGCCCCCUUGAUGAUCAGGAAUAUCAUAACCGUGCACGUGAUAAGCAUUUUGAGCAUCUAGCACCUAGUCUGGGUAAAGCACGAAAGGAGCAUGCAUUCCCUCCAGAUGAAAUCAACUCACACAGAGAACAUCUUCAUAAUGAUUUAACACCAGAUGCAGUUGCUUCAAAGAAACCAAAAAUGAGGAAGAAAGAUAUUGAUAAUUCUGCUUCAAGCUCUGGUCCCAGCAUUCCUAAUAGUCAAGGAGUCAUUACCAACUUCCGUGAGCUGGUGGAGGACUUCUGUGGAAAAGCAGAAAUUCCUGAUAAUGCAGAUGGCGAUGAUUGGUUAUCAAUUCCACUGAAUGAUGUUAAGGUUCUUGUAAAUGAAAUUACCUAUGUUCGAUCAAAGGAGAUGUUGCAUGUGAUUCCUAUGGAUACUCUCACUAGUCUAUUACAUGUGAUAGACCGUCAGAUCAGAUGUUCUCAGGGAUUAUCAAUAGAUGGGAAAGGAAAUCCUGAUGCUGAGGACACUGAACACACUGUUUUCUCUGCUUUGGAGUCUAUUCAUGCGGCGCUAGCAAUCAUGACCCACCGUGAUAUGCCAAAGCAGCUCUACCGGGAAGAGCUUAUCGAGCGCAUUAUUGAUUUCUCAAGACAUCAGAUAAUGGAUUGUAUGGCUGCAAGUAACCCAACCUUCCGAGCUCUCUACAAGCCAGCUGGAAAUGUUGCAAAUGAUGGAGAUGAAGACGAGGACGACGUGGAAAAUGGACAGGCUAGCAAAAAGAGGCGCACUGCUUCUAAUUUAAGCGCAAGGAAAUCUUCUGCAAACAAAGUUUCUGCUUCUAUAUAUUCUGCUGUGCAGAAACUAUGCUUGAUAUUGGGCUUUCUUAAAGAACUUCUCACAACGGUGCGCUUAUCAGAUAGUUGUAUCCUGCAGUUAGCAAAAACCUGCUUUACUACAUUCCUGGUGGACAAUAUGCAGCUUUUACAAUUGAAGGCGAUCGAUGUUAUCUGCACGGUUUUUUCAUCAUAUACACAACACAGGACUUACGUGAUUGAUGAAACACUUUAUCUUGUCCGUAAGUUACAGUUCUCGAAAAAUGCUAUCAGAACUUACCAUCUAGCUGACGAUGAGCAAAAACAAAUCCAGAUGAUAACUGCCCUGCUAGUUCACUUGGUCCAGUUCAGCGCAAAUGUUCCUGAUAGCUUAAAGGGAACAGUAAAUUGGAGCACUAUCAUUGAUGCCUCAGUUGAUUCUAGUUAUCCAAUUAACUGCCAUGAAGCAGCAACAGAGGCUUGUUGCCUUUUUUGGACCAAUGUGCUUCAACGUUUCACUGCUGCUAAAUCUCAAGAUAUGUCAGAAGCCAAAGGGAUUAUAGAAAAUCUUGUUCAGGACUUGCUUACAGUAUUAAACUUGCCCGAGUAUCCAGCUGCUGCCCCUAUACUUGAGGUUCUAUGUGUGUUGCUGCUUCAAAAUGCUGGAUUGAAUUCGAAGGACACUUCUGCUCGCUGCUUUGCUAUUGAUCUUCUCGGUGGUAUUGCAUCGAGAUUGAAGCGUGAUUCUGUCAUCUGUAGCAAGGAGAAGAUUUGGAUAUUGCAAGAACUUAUUGAUGCAGAUAACGAUGGCUCAAAAAUCUUGAAAAACAAAUGUUGCGUUUGUCGUGGGGGAAGAGGUAUAAAUAUGGCAUGUGACUCAUGUGGAAGAUGUUUCCACUCAGAUUGUAUGGGGACUGGCAGUCAGGAAAACUUACAGCGUGAUUCUGUUUGCCCUUUAUGCUUUUGCAAGCAACAGCUCAGUGUGUUGCAGUCAUACUACGAGUUACAAAAUAAAGAAAAUGGCAAAAGAACAUCCACCUCAAAUAAGAAAAAAUCUGCUACACCUGAAGAGGUGACAGCAGUGGAUAUUGUUCAACAAAUACUAUUGAAUUAUCUCCAGGAAGCUGGGCCACAAGAUGAUGGAAACCUGUUUUCUCGAUGGUUCUAUCUCUGCAUGUGGUACAAAGAAGACCUACGUUCUCAGGAGAAGAUCAUCUACUAUCUUGCCAGAUUGAAAUCUAAGGAGAUUUUGCGAUAUUCUGGCAAUGGUUUAGUAUUGUCCAGAGACUGGGCUAAGAAAAUUUGUUUGGCACUUGGCCAGAAGAACUCGUUUUCUCGGGGGUUUGAUAAAAUUCUUGCCCUCCUUUUGGCUAGCUUGAGAGAAAAUUCUCCUGUAAUAAGAGCAAAGGCCUUACGAGCUGUCAGCAGUAUAGUUGAAGCUGAUCCUGAGGUAUUGGGUGACAAGCGUGUCCAAUCUGCUGUUGAAGGAAGGUUUUGUGACUCGGCUAUUUCUGUUCGUGAAGCUGCACUUGAGCUUGUUGGAAGGCAUAUUGCUUCACACCCUGAUGUGGGCCUGAAGUAUAUUGAAAAAGUCGCUGAACGGAUAAAGGACACUGGAGUAAGUGUUCGCAAACGUGCGAUCAAAAUUAUUCGUGAUCUUUGUGCUUCAAAUCCAAACACAGAUACAACUCAUGCCUUUGUGGAGAUUAUUUCGCGUGUUAAUGAUGAGGAAUCAAGUGUACAGGAUCUUGUUUGCAAAACGUUUUAUGAGCUAUGGUUUGACGAACCAAUUGGGAGCCAUAAACACUUGGUUGCUGAUGGUAGUUCAGUUCCUAUGGAGAUUGCAAAAAAGACUGAGCAAAUUGUUGACAUGUUGAAAAAGAUGCCCAAUCAUCAACCGCUUAUUACCAUUAUAAAACGUAGUUUGACUCUCGAUUUCCUCCCGCAGUCAAGUAAGGCCUCAGGCAUUAACUCAUCCAUGAUGUCAUCACUUCGGAAGCGUUGUGAAUUGAUAUGUAAACGCUUGUUAGAAAGAAUAUUGCAGGUUGAGGAGGGAGCUGAUAACGAGGCAAAAGUCCACACACUUCCUUAUGUUCUUGUCUUGCAAGCAUUUUGUAUUGUGGAUCCCACCCUCUGCACUCCAGUAACUGAUCCUUCUCAGUUUGUUGUGACGCUUCAACCAUACCUUAAGAAUAAGGUUGACAGUAAAUCAACUGCCCAGUUACUUGAAAGUAUAAUUUUUGUGAUUGAUUCUGUUCUUCCACUCAUACGUAAGCCACCACAAACUGUGGUAGAAGAACUUGAGCAGGAUCUGAAGCAGAUGAUAGUUCGCCACUCUUUUUUGACAGUUGUACAUGCCUGCAUCAAGUGUCUUUCUGCCCUUAGCAAUGCAGCAUCCAGAGGGCCAAAGUUAUUUGAGCAUCUUGUUAGCAUUUUCUACAAGCAUCUGUCUGGUCCUAAUUCUGAUAGUCAGGUGCUGGGUCGAUCAUUGUUUUGUCUUGGCCUGCUCCUUAGAUAUGGUUAUAAACUGAUGACAGCAUCAGAAAACCAACUUGAUUUCCCAAAGAUUCUUGAUUUGCUGAAGAGAAGGUAUCUUCUCAAGGAGGAUUUCAGCUUGAAGGUUCGAGCUUUGCAGGCUUUGGGAUACAUACUUAUUGCAAAGCCUGAGUUUAUGCUGCAGAAAGAUAUCUUGAAUCUAAUAGAGGCAUCACUAUCUUCUGAUGUAGAUUAUAGGUUAAAGAUGCAAGGUUUGCAAAACCUAUGUGAAUAUCUCCGUGAUGCGGAAAGCCAACUCACGGCUGAGAGUACAGGCAAGCCUGCUGUACAGUAUGCAGCUAAUGGUGGAAGUGAAGUACCUGUAGCUGCUGGUGCGGGAGACACCAACAUAUGCGGUGGUAUUAUCCAAUUGUAUUGGAAUUCUAUUCUUGAAAGAUGCUUGGAUAUGAAUGAUCAAGUUCGUCAUGCUGCACUAAAGAUUGUGGAAAUUGUUCUUCGCCAGGGUUUAGUUCACCCCAUUACUUGUGUUCCACACCUUAUAUCACUUGAAACUGACCCAGUGGAGGCGAACUCAAAGUUGUCUCAUCAUUUGCUGAUGAAUAUGAAUGAAAAGUAUCCUUCAUUUUUCGAAAGCCGCUUGGGUGAUGGCUUACAAAUGUCAUUUAGAUUCUUUGAGGCCAUAGUCAGCAACCAUAACAUGGCAGCAACCAACAUGAAAUCAAAUCCGAUUGCAUUUGUUAAACCUGGCAUAUCUAGAAUAUACCGUCUUAUCCGUGCAAAUCGAAAUUCGAGAAACAAAUUUGUACACUCAAUAGUACGCAAAUUUGUAUCUGACGGCCGGAGUUACCCCACGAUCGGCUUUCUUGUAUACUGUGCUGAAGUUCUUGCGUCUCUCCCUUUCACAUGCCCUGAUGAACCACUUUACUUGGUCUAUGAUAUAAAUCGAGUUAUUCAAAUUAGAGCUGGUGCAAUCGAGUCAAAUUUGAAGAAUUGGACUUCGCUGGAUCAGCAACAAGAUAUGGCAGGUAUCCCUGGAUAUACUGGUGAUGUUAUGCAUGAGCCUGGGGGGUAUUCUGACCAGAACGUGGCAGAUAUUUGUCAAAGGACGCUUAACAAUCCUUGUAGCACGUCAGGUGUGGAUAUGGGUAAACUUCAGGGAGAUUGCCAUGAGGCGAUAGCUCUUCAGCUCCUUCUCAAACUGAAGAGACACUUGAAAAUUGUCUACAGUUUAACUGAUGCUCGCUGUCAGGCAUUUUCUCCGAAGGAUGCACCAAAAUCUGCUGAAGCCUUCUCCAAGCAGAAUAUCCCACUUAACAUUAACAACACUAACACCAGCUUGCCGAGCUGCCUGCAGGAUGUGGCGCGCGUAUACCAGGAUUUCAAGACAUUGCUGCGAGAAGAUGCCAUGGACUAUGUAAUGUACACCGCCGCAACGGUUCAAAAAAAGCGUCCAACUCCAAGAAGCUCGUCAAAAGUUAGGAAGCCAGUGCCUGUUACAAGAGGCCGUGGUGGUGGUGGUCGUGGCCGCGGUGGUGGUGAUGAUGACGGCCAUGACACUGACGACGACGAAUGGAGUGGAGGGCCAAGGAUGCUGGACUUUGGCGCUCAGGCAGUUACUGGUGGCCGAGUAACGAGGCAGAGGGUCCAAGUAUGACUGCUGUUUCGGUGCUCUGUACAUUGUAGGAAGUAAAGUUUAUAUAGGUGACUGGGCAGGCAGGCAGGAGGCUUAGGUGGUCUGUUAGUAGGGAUCCCCGUACCAUCAGCAGCAGUGGCAGUAGUACAUAGAAGCAGACAGGGAAUGAAGAUAGCUUUUACCAACUUAGACGCCAUUAAUUUGGAGCACCCAUUUUCUUUCAUUUUAUUCUUUUGUAAUGGCAAAACUCCAAACAGGUUGUGCUCCAUUAUCUGAUUCAAUGGGAAAAAAAGAUAGGAAGUGCUUGUUUAGCUUA